CCGCCCCACCCUCGCAGAGAGUACAGUUCUUGCUAGGUGAGGAGGAAGAUGAGGAGCACAAAACUCAUGACAUCUUCUGUCAGAUGGCAGAACUCUCCUCAGCAGGAGAUGAGAGAGAAUGGAAGGAAACUGCAAGCAGAAGACAUGGUACCAGGAAGGAGGGGCAGGGGCCAACCGAAUGUUACCAUUUGUAUAAGCAGGGAACCUGUAUGUUAGAAAUGGAUGCAGUAACAAUAGAGCAGAUAGCUG